GAGUCUUCUCUCCGAUCUCGUGUCGCGUAGGGGUGGCUAUACGGUCCGGUCCGGUUAAAUUGACCCGAAUUGAUCCGGUCCAGUCCGGUCUUUUUGAAAAUAUAGGGACCAAAGCUUGGAUUGGGUACAGUCCGGUUUUAACCCGGUCCGGUUUUGACCCAGUCCGGUCCCAAUCCGGUUUUGACCAUGUUGCAGAAAAUUCAGCAGCAUAUAGACUCUGUUUUGACCCAAACAAUCUCGACGGAGGGCGCAAGAUUGGACGGAGGGCGACGACGAGCUAUAGACUCUGGACAGAGGGUGACGAGAUUGGACGGAAGGCGACGAGCUGCGGACUCUGGUGGUUGCGGGCACUGCCUCGCUGGGUCGGAGGCUUGGAGUGGAGGCCUGCGUCACAUCACUGGGACAAAGCCGAGGUCGGCGUUGCUUUGCUGGGUCAGAGCCGAGGUCAGCGUCGACUUGCCGCGUUGCUGGGUCAGAGACGACUGCUGAGGCCGGCUUCGCGGGUCGGGAAUCAGGAUGGAUGAGGCAGGCGUUGCUUCGCGCGGAGGAGAAUCGAAGCGGAGGUGGUCCGCUGGUCGCGGUCUCGCGGAGGAGCACUCGCUGGCCGCUGCGGUCGAUUUAGGGUUUGGGUCGGCGGCGGCUGCUGUGCGAAGUUAGGAUGGGAGAAGUGAUGGUUGGCGAGUACUUGGCCUACGACUGCGAACGAUGGAGAGGGCGACUGGCGAGAGGCCGAGCGAGGCUUCCUGCAACCCUAGAUGGACUGGGCCGUCUUGGGCCGCUGGGGGUAGUGAGAGUGGGCUUGUCUUGGCCCAUAUGGGCUUUGUCUUUUGGGUCUGGUCUGUUUUUUAUUAAUCCGGUCUUCCGGUUUUUACACGGUUUUGACCCGGACUGGAUUGGUCCGGGUUUUUUGCUAAUUCUAAGACCAAAGACGGGAUUGGAUUAUUUUACAUCCGGUCCCGGUCUUAAACGGUCCGGGUUAUGCGGUCUGGUUUCCCAUUUUUUAUCCGGUCCCGGUGCAAAUGGCCAGCCCUAGUGUUGCGGGCGAAAGGUCUCUGCAACCUGCGACGCUGAAGGGGGGGUCAGGGAAAGGCGCUAGUCGGCAGUCGCUACUCGGCACUUGCUACGCUCACGCUGGGACGGAGUCGCGGAGAGGAUUGGUUGGCGAUGCGAAUGGAAAAUUGGGAAUGGCGAUGAAUAUUUUUAGGGUUAGGGAAUGUUGGGAUUAGGCUCUCUCCUUGCCUCAUGGGCAGAUCGUGACGACGACGGGAUGAGCCAAUGAGGAGGUAGGCUGGCUGGGCUAGGCUAUCGUGGCCUAGUGGGCAUGAACUGUCUUUUAGACCUGUAUUGUAGUCAUCGGCUCUUCCGGUUUUAAUUCGAUUUUAGCACGGGUUGGAUCGAUUCGGGCUUUUACUAAUUCUGCGACCGAAGACUGUACUAGAUGAAUUCUUAUCCGGUCUCAGUUCGAGUUAUACGGUCCAGUCUCAGGUUAAACUGGAAAGUCCGGACCGAAUAGCCACCCCUACCCAGCAUGACCACCUUUAUGUUGAUAUUAUAUAUUGUCUACACACUAAUCUAUAGACAUUCCACGGCAUGAUGGGGUUAGACUGGAAAAGGAGGGCCUGUGCGCAUUUGAAGGAAGGUUAUAUGUGUCAUUCUACUUCUCUUUUUAUUUAUUUAUGAUUUGUGUCCUUCUACUUCACAUUUAAUUUGCUCUAAGAUAUUAUAAUUACGUCAGGUACCAUAAUUGCCUGCGUUUGGGCUUUUUGCAUGUAUUUCAUCUUUUGAUCUUCACAUAUAUAAAUUGGUCUUCAAAAAAAAAAACUUCUAAAAAUGUGUUAUUAAGUUAGGGAUGGCAAUGGGUCGGGUUUUGCCAAACCCAAACUCAAAUCCAUGGGUUUAUCCGUGAAAAAAAUCCGGGGUAAAAUCCACUGGGUUUGAAAAACUCAAACCCAACCCAACCCGCUGGGUAUCCGUGAGUUCAUGGGUACCCACGGGUUUUGUCGUAAAAAAUUACAAUAACAAUUUUCUAUCAAAAUUAAAGUCAAAUAUCAAUCUCUCAAUACAAAUUAUUCAUAUAUAAAACACCAUUCUAGAAAAUUCAAGCAAAUCACAAAUUAACUAUACAAAUUGUUCAACACCAAUCUAGUAAAACUCAAGAAAAUUGAAGCAAAUCACAAAUUAUCCAUAAAUAACAUGAUUAAUUGAAAGCUUCUUCUUUUAAAUUAAGUUUCUUCACUCCCCACUCGAUAAUAUCAACUUCAUUCUACACAAUUUGAAAGAAAAAAUUAGACAUGUCUCCACAAACAUAAAUAAGAUUAGUUGUUUAGAAUAUUAAAUAUACCGAGAAAAUUAAC